UCAUUGGUGGGCAGGGGCGCUCGUCGUUCACCUUCUCUCUCCUCGCGUCCAAUAAAAAGGGGGGAAUUUUUUUCUUUUCCUCCUCCCUUUGCCCCAAAUUUGAUGCUUAAACCCUCCCCGGGAGGACUCCAAUCCCGACGCGCGAGCCCGCCAGCCGCCCCCGGAUCUCGGCCAUGGCCGCCGCGCCGCAGCAGGCCCAGGGCUCCGCUGAAAGCUUGAUUCCGCUGCAGUCAGAAGCUGUACUCGAGAAUAACCCCUCUAAGAGUGCAAACACCAAGGAGCAGAUUCUUUCUAGUACAGAGAAUAUGAUGUCAAGCAAUGCGCAUGGUGCCAGCUCCUUAAAGUUGCCAAAAGGUGCACCAGAGAAGGCUAACUCUGUCGGGAAAGGUGGAGAACAGCAUUUUCUCUACCAACACAAUGUGUAUGCACCGCAGCCACAAGCACUCUAUCCUGGAGGAUACAUGAACCCUUCGGGGCAAUGGGAAGAAUAUCCCCAUUAUGUGAAUAUGGAGGGCCUCCAUUCUGUAUCACCUGGAAUCUACAAUGAGAACCAGUCACUCAUGCUAUCUCCUGGAUAUGCAAACAAUCCCCAAAUGAUGUAUGGAACUUAUUCUCCUGUUUCAACCGUUGGAGAUGGCCAACAAUACUUCCCUGUGCACUUUCCCUUCUCAAGUCCUUACUACCAACCACCAGCUUCUCCUAGCAUGGGAUAUUCAAACUCUGCGACAGGAAUAUCUCAAGGAGACCCUAUGUUGCAGCAAGAGUACUUCCUUCCUGAUGGCCUUCUAUAUUCACCCACGCCAGGGUAUCAUCAACCAUUCAGUUCGUUCGACAGACCACCAACACAGCCAAAUAGCACUCCUGGAUUGUUUGGUCAAGGGAAUGUACCACUGGCUUCUGGAAUGCAUCACGGAUCGCUGUAUGGUCCUGGAUCCUACAAGGCACGCCAGCAAGGUAGCAAAUUCGGUGGCAGUACUCCAAGCUGGGGUUCUGCUGGCCGCAGAUUUGGUACAUUUGACUUGAGUGCCAAUCAACAAAGGGGGAGCAUGCUAUUUGGUAGUCACAAUGGCUCUCUGGAGUUUAUGAAUGAGCAAAACCGCGGCCCACGUGCUACAAAACCAAAGAUACAAGACACAGAGAAUUCCUUAGGAGAUGAAAAAAGUGAGAAAACUGUUCCGCUGAUCGAUAGCGAACUGUACAACCACCCUGGUUUCAUCACCGAGUACACGGAUGCAAAAUUCUUUGUAAUAAAGUCCUACACUGAGGACCAUGUACAUAGGAGCAUUAAGUAUAGUGUUUGGGCCAGCACAGCCAGCGGGAAUAGAAAGCUGGAUUCUGCUUACUGUGCGGCCAAAGAGAAAGAAGAGCAUUGUCCGAUUUUCUUGUUUUUCUCGGUUAAUGGUAGUGGUCAGUUCUGUGGUGUGGCUGAGAUGAUUGGACCUGUUGAUUUCGACAAAAGUGUUGAUUACUGGCAGCAGGACAAGUGGAGUGGCCAGUUCCCUGUUAAGUGGCACAUAAUUAAGGAUGUCCCAAACAACCUUUUGCGGCACAUCACUCUUGAGAACAAUGAUAAUAAACCUGUGACUAACAGCAGGGACACCCAGGAGGUGAAGCUGGAACACGGUCUCCAGAUGUUAACCAUCUUCAAGAACCAUGAGACAGAGACAACAAUUCUGGAGGAUUUUGACUUCUAUGAGCAACGGGAGAAAGCCUUGCAGGAGAACCGACGUCAACAGCAGCCUGCCAGCACUGAUCCUCAGAAAUCAGCAGAUAUAUCAGAAUCAUUUGCUCAGGUCAUCCAGUUAACUGAGACCGAGAACAAUGGCAAAAACUUGAAAGCUGAGGGCACCCCAGCUGAAAACGGAUCCACUGCCACGAUCAAGGUGGAAGAAAACGCAAACUCGAAGGCAGACUCUGUGGAGGAAAGCAGUUGAUUUAUCGGGCUCCUAUCUGCUAAUUUCGAGCGGCAGUUGAAUAGUAUGCUGCUAAAUGAAGGUGGGAAGGGGAAAAGAGGAGGGUUGAUUGUGUUAAAUAUGGUCGUGCUGCUACAGUUGUACAACAUCAUAGGUUUUGUUUCAUCUCCAUUUAGGUUAUAAUUUCAAUAACAUAGUUCCAAAAUUAUUGUUCCCAGUUCUCUUCUAUCCUGUUUUCUUUAUCAUCUUGCGUUGUGUCGCACCAUGAAUGGUGUUCAAUUCUAGUGGUUUAGCCAUAAGAAGCUGCAGAAUUAUGGCGCAGGAGCUUCCCAUAUUCUGCAGUUGGAUGAUGAUACUUUGGAGUUUCUCUGUGUCCAUCCUUCUCUUGUGUAUUUUCAGAGCAAAUCCAAAUCUUGUGUAUUUUCAGCU